UUAUUUGUAUAAUAAAUAUCAUAAUUUUUCAUUUGAACGAGAUAAUUCUCUGACUGCCACCUCCCGUUCAUAUUUAGCUUUUUAUCUAUAUUAGGUAAUAAAUACGUAUAUACGUACAUUUAAAUUACGAGUUCUAACCUCCAAAAAUAAACUGAUAAUAUAGCAUAAACUCACGCGUAAACAUAUUAUUCUUCAUAAGCAGUAUUUGUUGUUUAAAUAACAGUAAAUAUAAUUAAAUACUAACAUUCUCAUAUUGAUAACAACAAAACAAUGGCAGAAGUUGCAAAAAUCUUUAAUUCAUUUCAAGAUUACCUUAACUAUGAACAAGAAUUGAGAGAGGAAAUACGUGUUAUUGUCCGAAAACUCGAAAAAUGUUAUCGAGAUAUUUUAAUGGUUUUACAAAAUAUCCACAAUGAAAAUCCAAUGGAAGAAGAUAUUAUUGUAUCGCAGUACUGUGCAAAAGCACGAGAACAUUUUGAAACGGUUCGUCAAUACUAUUCAGAAUUGGAAAAAUUGGUACCAAAUGAUCAGUAUUACCGAUUCCAUGAUCAAUGGCGUUAUGUUACACAAAGACUGUGCUUUCUUGUAUCUUUAAUCAUUUAUCUAGAGGUCAAGACACUUGUUACUAAAGAAACAGUUGCUGAAUUUCUUGGAAUUAAAAGCAACCGUGAAGAAGGCUUUCAUUUGGAUAUUGAAGAAUUUCUAAUGGGCUUGCUCGAGUUGUCUGCUGAACUGACACGAUUUGCAGUAAAUAGCGUCACAUGUGGUGAUUACAAUCGACCAAUUGAGAUCGCACGUUUUGUCAAUGAAUUAAAUGCUGGUUUUCGAUUGCUCAACUUGAAAAACGACAAUUUGAGAAAACGCUUCGAUGCUUUGAAAUAUGAUGUCAAGAAAAUUGAAGAAGUUGUUUAUGAUUUAAGCAUUCGUGGUUUAAAACCAACAAGUCAGCAAAUUUCACCGGCUCAAUAAGUUUAAAACUAUUUAUUAUUUUUUUUACUUUUUCAUAUAUUUUCUCUGACUUAAAACUUUAUUACUUAUAUUAUAUUAAGAACAACAUUAGUUUUUUAUAACACUAAUUAAGAU